CCGCCCCCUCCCGUCCCCCGUGCUCUUCCCCCAAAUCGCCUCCCCGCACGCCACCGCCCCACGCCACCGCCGGCGAGGAGGGAGGCGCCGCCGGAGGCCGCGGCAGGCGGACGGGAGGGGGCCGGCCGGGCGGUGAAGAUGGGCGACUCGUACUGCCAGGACUGCAAGAAGCACACGGAGGUGGCCUUCGACCACUCGGCGGGGGACACGGUCUGCACCGAGUGCGGCCUCGUCCUCGAGGCGCACUCCGUCGACGAGACCUCCGAGUGGCGCACCUUCGCCAACGAGUCCAACGACAACGACCCCGUCCGCGUCGGCGGGCCCUCCAACCCGCUCCUCACCGACGGCGGCCUCUCCACCGUCAUCGCCAAGCCCAACGGCGCCCACGGCGACUUCCUCUCCUCCUCCCUCGGCCGCUGGCAGAACCGCGGCUCCAACCCCGACCGCUCCCUCAUCCUCGCCUUCCGCACCAUCGCAAACAUGGCUGACAGGUUGGGUCUUGUGGCUACUAUUAAGGACCGAGCCAAUGAAAUCUAUAAGAAGGUGGAAGAUCUCAAGUCUAUCAGGGGAAGAAAUCAAGAUGCUAUAUUAGCUGCUUGUCUGUAUAUUGCUUGUAGACAAGAAGAUCGUCCUAGGACUGUAAAAGAAAUUUGCUCAGUUGCCAAUGGAGCAACAAAGAAAGAGAUUGGUCGAGCAAAAGAGUUCAUAGUGAAACAACUGGAAGUUGAGAUGGGCCAAUCUAUGGAGAUGGGAACCAUCCAUGCUGGAGAUUUCCUGAGGCGUUUCUGUUCAACUCUUGGGAUGAACAAUACUGCUGUUAAAGCAGCUCAGGAGGCAGUUCAGCGCUCAGAGGAGCUUGAUAUAAGGAGGAGUCCUAUUUCAAUUGCGGCUGCUGUCAUUUAUAUGAUAACCCAGCUUUCAGAGGACAAAAAGCCGCUUAAAGAUAUUUCCUUGGCCACUGGAGUGGCAGAAGGCACCAUCAGGAAUUCAUACAAGGACCUGUACCCGUACGCGGCGAGGCUCAUCCCGAACUCGUACGCCAAGGAGGAAGACCUGAAGAACCUGUGCACACCAUAGGAGCCGAGUCGCAGCCAUUUCUUCCUUUUCUCUCGCUCUUUUUCUUGUUACAUAACUUUUGAAAAUUAGAUUUGUCGGAGAGGAGUUUCGUUGUUGUGAGUUGCUUCACCGGGCCAUGUAUAUCCCCCGCCUAAUUUUAUGUGCAUGGACCUGUCGGAUUCGGGACGAAGCUAAGUUAUAAGAUGUGGCUUUCCUUUCUGGUAAGCUGAUGCAGAGGUUGGUUCCAA